AAAUCCAUCAGUUCACGGUCAACAUUCCCCAGUCCCUUUUGGAGAAUUUUCAAAACACGAAAUGUUUAUGCUUUUAAAUUUUUCUUUGGUUAUUGGAACAAAUAUGUUGGCAACUGAAGCAAUAAAAUUGGACAAAUUUUUGUUUGAAAAUAAUAUUCCUUUUUUGUAUGUAAAAUCUGUUGGAAUGUUGGGGUAUUUGCGGUUAUCUUUUAAUGAACAUAUUAUUUGGAAUAAUCGAAGUGUUAAUGAUUGUUAUGAUUUGAGAAUUGACUCUCCAUUCCCAGAAUUGUUAAAACUUGCAAACGAAACAGAUCUCAAUUCAAUGACUCACGAACAACAUUCACAUACACCUUAUGUUUUGUUAUAUUUUAAAGCUAUUGAAAUUUGGAAAGAAAGACAUUCAAUUAACCAAAAUGUCGAAGAAAUGGAGGAAGGAGCAAACAAACUUUUAUUCUUCCCAAAUAUUAAAGACUACAAAACUCGAAAAGAAAUUGAAAAAAUUUUGUUAGAAAUGAGACAACCUGACGAUAAAGGACGUUUGGAUGAAGAAAAUUUUAUGGAAGCAACGAGGAAUUUGCUAAAAAGUUUGGGAAGGACUAAGGUUUUUUUUCUAAUUUUUUUGAAAGUUUUGAGGCAUUCUGAUCAGGGCUAUCCACAAUUGCUGAUUGUGUGUUUUUUGACUUGCAGAGACUGCGUUUGCGGAGUACCCUCAAAUGUUUCCAAAGUUUUGGAUGAUCCAAAAAUCAAAUCAUCUUGUAACGUCUCCAAAUAUUCAAAAUCUUCUACUUUCAAUUUAUUUUGGCUUUUUUGCUCAGCUUUAAAUAAAUUUAUUUCAAAAUAUGGACAUAUGCCUAUAUCUGGACAACUUCCUGAUAUGACUAGUGAUUCUAAAAGAUAUGCUCAAUUAUUGGGGAUUUACAGAGAAAAAUCAUUUGAAGAUGCUCAAUUAUUUUAUAAUACAAUUAAAGAAAUGACUGAAGAAGAAGAAAAUAAUGGGGAAGAGGGAGAAGAAAAUUCAAAUGUAACAACAGAUGAGGAAGAAUUAUCUAGAAUGUCAACUUCAGAAUUUAAUGAAAAACAACAAAUUGAUAAUAAUUUACUUAAAAAAAGAAUUAGUGUGUCUAUGGAAAGUAUGGACGAUUAUGAUGAUGAUAAUGAAGUAGAAGAAGGAGGAAAUGGUUCUUAUGGAGAAGACUUCUCUACAGCCCAUUCAUUAAUGGAAACUUCAAAAGAAUUUAGUGAGGAACAUUUACCUAAAAUUACAUUAGAACAAUGCAAAAAUUUUUGUAAAAAUGCUUCAAAAAUUGCUGUUCAAUAUGGGACUUCGCUUAGCUCGGAAUUUAAUGGAAAUAUUUUAAAGUCAUUACUACACAAAAUUGAACCGCCCAGACUAGACGAACUUCCCCCAGUUGUUGACCCUUUAACUUGGUAUAUACUUUUGAGAGUUGUUGAUCGAUUUCAAGAAAUUAAUGGACGUGUUCCUAAAGAAGAAAGUGAUCUACGAGAAAUGAAAAGAAUUUUGGGGGAAUUGUUGGGAGAAACUAAGGACCCAGAAUUAAUCAAAAAACAAGAACAAUUAUUCCCUGACCAAAUAAUUGUAGAAAUUUGUCGUUUUGGUGCUUCAGAAUUGCAUGUUAUUUCAGCUAUUAUAGGAGGAGUUGCUGCACAAGAAGCAAUAAAAAUUUGUACAAAUCAGUAUAUUCCUGUAGAUAAUAGUUUAAUUUAUGAUGGAAAUUCACAAAAUGCUACAAGUUUUAAAAAUUGA